GGGCGCUGCAUGAGAAAAUAAACUGUUCUAAAUAUAUUUACGAACUGCAACAAUUUUACGUGCGUUCAUUUUUUAAAUAAAUGUGUUAAAUAAACUGACAGUAAAAUAAUUGGAGGUGGAUGAUAAGUUAGCGUUGUGGAUGGUUGUGAAUCGGUGCGUAGUGAAAAGUGUCAGGUUAUGUAUGUACGUAUGUUGACACCGUUGUUGGUUCAUUAAAAGGCGUAGCAACCGAAAUGUUCUCGAAGAAAAAGAAGAAGCCGCAAAUUUCUACGCCUACUAAUUUUGAGCACCGGGUGCACACCGGUUUCGACAAGCGCGAGGGUAAAUAUGUCGGUUUACCAUUGCAGUGGGCUUCGAUCGUCGGCAACAACCAAAUACUCAAAUCUACCAACAGACCCCUACCAUUGGUAGAUCCCAGUGAAAUAACACCGACCGAAAUCCUAGAUUUGAAGACGAUCGUUCGUGGCGAUCAUAAAUCAGAAAACAGGCUCAGUCUCCAACCGAAACCCACCAAUGGAAUUGUUCUGCCCAAAACCUCGAAUGUGGCCAGAUCGAACUCGUUGCGUUCCUCGAGCCCGCCGAGAAUUCGACGGGAACGCAACAACGCGAACGUGCCCCCAGCAGUGCCAGAGGAACAAAUCAUGCAGUAUCCAAGCAUGAGGAGGGACCCUAGCAUAAGUAAGCCUCAGGUGCGCGACCAGAGCCCGGCCGAACGUUCCCUCAGCAACCAAGAUGUGCACAAUGGUAAUGUGCAGGAACCACACUAUCCCUAUCCUCGAGAACAGACCAUGCCACCCCAACCAAACCCAAUAGGAUUGCAGUUGGGGCACUCACAUGGUUCACAACAGAGUUUACAACACACUUAUCCGCCUAGACCUGAUCAGAACCAAAACGUUAAAAAUGGGGCUGUUGGGCAUGUGCCUGGUGUUGCAGCAGGGCAGACUGCAACCAGUAAACAUCAUGAACAGAGGCUGACACAUGAACAGUUCAGGGCAGCUCUCCAAAUGGUUGUGUCGUCGAAAGACCCUCGCGAAAACCUGGAACGUUUCGUGAAAAUCGGCGAAGGUUCCACUGGUACAGUUUGCAUAGCCCAUGACCGAAACACCGGACGACAAGUCGCCGUCAAAAAAAUGGAUCUCAGAAAGCAGCAACGACGAGAACUACUAUUCAACGAGGUCGUCAUCAUGCGCGACUAUCACCAUCCGAAUAUCGUAGAGAUGUUCGACAGUUAUUUGGUUAACGACGAACUGUGGGUCGUCAUGGAGUUCCUGGAAGGUGGAGCUCUGACUGACAUAGUGACACAUUCCAGAAUGGACGAGGAACAAAUAGCCACCGUUUGUAAACAGUGUCUGAAAGCGCUGGCUUAUUUACAUUCACAGGGCGUCAUUCAUAGAGACAUAAAAUCCGACUCCAUACUUCUGGCUCUUGACGGACGUGUUAAGCUUUCAGAUUUCGGUUUUUGUGCUCAGGUAUCACAAGAACUUCCAAAAAGAAAAUCGCUAGUGGGAACGCCGUACUGGAUGAGCCCGGAAGUGAUAUCCCGACUGCCUUACGGUCCGGAGGUAGACAUCUGGUCACUGGGUAUAAUGGUCAUCGAAAUGGUGGACGGUGAACCACCUUUCUUCAACGAACCACCUCUGCAAGCCAUGAGACGUAUACGAGAGAUGCCGCCGCCUAAACUAAAAAAUGGCCAUAAGGUUUCACCAAGGUUACAGUCAUUUUUGGACAGAAUGUUGGUGAGAGACCCGGCUCAAAGGGCAACGGCUCAAGAAUUGCUCUCGCAUCCCUUCUUAAGACAGGCCGGACCUCCGGCUUUACUGGUUCCUCUCAUGAGAGGCAUCAAGCAUCAGAAUUACUAAUUGUUGUUUUUAGGUUUAUUCAUGAUUAAUGAUUCAUGAGAUUUCUACUGAUUAAUUAUAUAAUUACGAUUUAACUGACAGCUUAUACAUAUUUCUACUUGAUUCUAUGUUGGAUUAGUUUAUUUUGCUUGAGAUUAUAAAUCAAAAUUAUUCAUAUAUUACAUCAUGUUGCCUUAUAAUGUACUUUUUACAUGAAUUAUAAUACUCGUACAAAUCAACAAAACAACAUAGUUUUCUCAACAAAUAAACGAAUACUUAUAUUUCCUUAAAGCAAUUGAUACAAAAAAAAAAAAAUAUGUGAUACAUACAUUCUGUACUUACUCAUUUGACAGUUGGAAAAAAUGUUUAUAUAGCCUUAAGUAAUAAUUUCAUUUUAGUUUUAUACCAAAUAUAUAUUAUAUUUAUCAAACUAAUGAACAUCGAUAAAUGUAAUUUUAAGCACUAUUUAGUAGAAAUAGAAUGCGAGACGAGCGAAAUGAUAGUCAAUUUUAACUCAUUUAUGUAUUUACUGCAUAAAAUCGGUUUUGUGUAUCUGGCGAGAAUACUUAAUUUCAUUUCUUCAUGGAAUUCUAUUUAAUAAUGGUUACAGCUUUAUAGUUAUGUGGUGCCUUUAGAUACUCUUAUGAAAUAUGUAUAUAAAAUUUAUUAUUAUUUAUGACGAGUAUUAUUGUUAUAUUUAAUUUUUGACUAUUCACUCUCUUGUGAUUUUUAUAUUCCAAACUUUCUUUAUCAGUAUUAUGAAAUUUCUACCGUCCAUGGAAAUUUAAGUGCCUUCUAAAUUCUCAUUGACUUAUGAUGCUGUUUAUUUGAAGCCUGACAUUGACUGACAUAAUUUUAUAUUAGUUUCGCAGUUUCAAAUUAUAAUAAUUAUUUAUUUAUAUGAAAAGUGUUACUUAUACAUACUUUAUAUGUACUGUAUACAAUUCUUUAACUUACUUCCACUUAUUUUUAGUGAUUUUAGUUUAGAGCAGCAAACUCCAUUGUUAUGAAUUUUUUGUAAUUAGUAUUAGGGUAUAAGUUACUUUGGUAAUAAAUAAUUCAUAUGUUGUUAAUAUUUAUGCACUGUAAAUUAUACAAAGAGUCUCAAUAUACAUCUAUUUUUUA